GUCUGAAGCAAACGCCUCUCUAUGACUUUCACCGGAACCAUGGUGGGAAGAUGGUGGCCUUCGCAGGCUGGAGCCUACCUGUGCAGUACACCCACAGCCACUUGGAGUCCCACCUGCACACACGUCAGCAGUGCUCGCUCUUUGAUGUGUCUCACAUGCUGCAGACUAAAGUGUAUGGCAGAGACCGGGUGAAGUUCCUGGAGAGCCUGGUAGUUGGGGACAUUGAAGAGCUGAAGCCUGAUCAGGGCACUCUGUCUCUGUUCACGAAUGAAAAAGGAGGCAUCAUAGAUGACUUGAUUGUGACCAGCACUUCAGAGCAGCACCUCUAUGUGGUCUCCAAUGCAGGCUGCGUGGACAAGGAUUUAGCCCUCAUGCAGGACAAAGCAAAAGAAAUGAAAGCCACUGGAUGCGAUGUGGAUUUGGAGGUUUCCGAGAAUGCUUUGCUCGCUCUGCAAGGUCCUGCCAUGGCCCGUGUGCUGCAGGCCGGGGUGUCAGACAGUCUGGCUAAGCUGCCCUUCAUGAGCAGUGCGGUGAUGGGUGUGUUUGGAGUGCAAGGCUGCAGGGUCACACGCUGUGGCUACACAGGCGAAGAUGGCGUAGAGAUCUCUGUCCCUGCAAGCCGAGCGGUGGAGCUGGCUGAGCUCCUGCUCAGAGAUCCAGCUCUGUGGCUGGCAGGACUUGCUGCUCGAGAUAGUUUACGCUUGGAGGCCGGGCUCUGUCUCUACGGGAAUGACAUUGAGGAGAGCACAACUCCUGUGGAGGCCAGUCUGACAUGGACCCUGGGGAAACGCCGUCGUAUUGCCAUGGAUUUUCCUGGUGCGCAUAUCAUUUUGGCCCAAAUCAAAGAAAAACCAAAGAGGAAACGUGUAGGACUGAUUUCCACAGGGCCUCCUAUCCGUCAACACAUGCCAAUCCUUGGUCCAGAUGGCAAAAUCAUUGGUGAGGUUACCAGUGGCUGUCCCUCACCCUGUCUGCAGAAGAACAUUGCCAUGGGCUACGUGGAGAGUGAACACAGCAAGCUGAACACAGCCCUCAUGGUAGAAGUGAGGAAGAAGAGCUGUCCAGCUCUAGUGACCAAGAUGCCUUUUGUACCCACCCACUACUACACAGUGAAAUGAGCAGCUGCUGGCACAGAC